UAAAGUUUGAUCGGCGAUCUGCGGCUCGUCGCUUAAAAAUCCCUCUCUCGGCCGUGCGCGCGUAGUUUGACGAAGAAGACACGAAGAAGGACCACUAGUCUCCUUCUUGCACCUCUUCCUCAUAGACGCGUGCACAAGACUCGAAAGAACCGGAUCGGCGACUAUUUAACGGGCGAACUCGACGUCGAUUACAUUAUAUAUUCCAAUCGAAAUUGCAGAUACACUUUUUUGUCGGAUUAUUCAUCGGUAUACGUGAAGUCGACUCCGCGAUUGUUAAGAAUUACCCUGCCGAUUGAAUUUCUUGAAGGAAAAAAUUGUACAUACUUUUGUAGGAUCUUUUAUCCGUCUCUUAAGCGAUCCGGUUCCCGGGGAAGGUUUUUUAAGUCGUCGAUCGGCGCGCUCCGAAUUCCGUCUGUUACAAUUUCGUGUCAGCAUUCGACCGAUGCACCAACAAGGACGCCGCAAAUUGACCAACUAUCGUCGCAUGAUUGUUUAUCGUUCUUUCGUUGACGGUCGCUUAUGCAAUCCGCACCGGUGCAUCGGGUCGACGUAUCGGUAACAGAAUUUCCCUGCCAAUCGUCGAUUCGCAAUCGCCACGGCUGCAAGGUGGCCGACUUUACCGCCAGCCAAGGUCUGCCAGGUUCAAGUGCGCUUCUGGAGAUCGAGGGCGCUUCGGCGGGAAAAAAGGCGAGAAGUCGAUUUGGGACAAGGAAAACCCGUGCGAAGAGCGACCCGAAGAACCACCUCCAAGGAUACCAUUCAGGAUCUUGGAUCGGAGAAAGGAGCGGACAGGUCAGGAUCGAAUUCUGGAACCCGGGUCGAUUUGGCCAGAGGAAAAUCCGAGUCUGCAGUGACUGCGAUAAGCCGCGUCGAUAAGGACUCUUCCGAUCGAUCGCGACCGAGGAUCCCCGAGAUAUGUCGAUAGCGGCCUUCGCGGUCCUGCUCUUGACGAUCUCGAACGUCGUCGUCGACGCUGGGAUCAUCCAGUCCCUGUUGUUCCCCAAAAACCCGAAAGUUGUCAAGGUCAGGGACCCACAGACGGCACGGGCCCUGGGGAAGGAACCCUUCGUGGUUCUUGACUUUGUGGGCCUGGUGGAGCAGCACGGAUACCCCGCGGAGAGUCACAACAUCGUCACUGAAGAUGGCUACAUCCUGACUUUCCACAGGAUUCCAGGGACCCCGGAGUCUCCAGACCCGAAGGGGAAGCGGGUGGUUUUCAUUCAGCACGGCAUUCUGGCCUCGUCGGACACCUGGGUCCUCUUCGGGCCCGGGAAGGACCUCGCGUUCCUGCUGGCUGAGGCAGGAUACGACGUUUGGGUCGGCAACAUCCGGGGGAACACGUACGGCAGGAAGCACGUCAAUAUCUCGACGAACGACCCGAAGUUCUGGGAGUUCAGCUACCACGAGAUGGCCAUGUUCGACAUCCCCGGCAUGAUCGACCACAUCCUCGAGGUCACGGGGGAGAAGACCCUGACCUACAUCGGCCACUCCAUGGGGACCACCAUCAGCUACUCUAUGCUAUCCAGGAAGCCGGAGUACAACGAGAAGAUCCACCUGGUGAUCAGCUUGGCCCCUGUGGCCUACUGGGUGGGCCCGCUCCCGCCCUGGUUGAAACUGGUCAUGGAAAAUUGGAGCGAGAUCCAGGCCUUUUUCCUUGGGAAUGGAAUCUACGACAUAGCGCCCCAGACGACGACCAUGGCGGUGUUGGGCAGGGCUCUUUGUGGUGAUUAUUCCCCGACCCAGCCCGUCUGCGUCUCCGUGAUUUUCGUCCUUUCCGGGAUCGACGAGAACCAGCUGGACACCAGCGUCAUUUCGCACAUUUCGGCGUACUACCCGGCAGGGGCAUCCUUCAUGUCCUUCAAGCACUACGUGCAGAAUAUACAAACAGUCGCGUUUCGCGCCUUCGACUUCGGCAAGGAGGAGAACCGCUUCCGGUACCACCAGGAGAAACCACCUGAAUACGACCUGUCCCGUGUCACAGCCCCCGUGGCUUUGAUAUUCGGACCGAACGACAAUUUGGUGCAAAAAUCGGAUGUUGAGGCGCUGUCGAGGAACCUGUCGAACGUCGUCACCGUUGAGCCCGUUCCUUACAAGAAAUUCACGCAUGUGGACUUCCUCUGGGCGAAGGACGCCAAGAGCCUUGUGUACGACCGAGUUAUCGAGCUGAUCAAGCAGUAUCAGACGAGAAGAUAGAUAUCCGAAAAUGGCCUCUCCUCCACCACGCCGUUAGAUGGGAUCUACCAUGGUGCCAGUUGACGCAAAGAGGACGAGGAAGAGGGAAGAAAGAGCCGAAGAUGAACAGUCAGAGGAAUAGACGUUCCUGAAGAAGUGGACCUAAUCUAUAACCUUGUAGUCCGCAACUCCUGGACCUAGUCUUGCAAGGUUCCUGUACAUAUUGCGAAUUUGUUGAGACGAUGUAAUUAGACUCAGACGGUACAGCUACCUAGAGAGACGGUUCGAUUAAUCGGCGAUCGCCGUCGGGAUUAUCGAUCACCAGCUGUGAUCCUCGCGUAAUCGCGCGGCGUCGCGCAUUAUGCGAGGAAUCAGCAUAAGCCAGGUCGAAGGUCACGGGGAAAUUGUCGCGCAUCCUCGCGGUCCGCGGGUCGACGACUUCGGGUACCCGUCAUUAGCAUUACGCCACGUAGGGAAUACGUCAGGAGGAGCCGAGAGGCCUCUUCAGGUUGGAGGAACCAGUUAUCCGUGAUUCACUUUCGGGCCUCGUAAAAGGCCCCCUCCCCCGUCGACGACGUUUUCACGUUCCUUCACUUUCAAGAGUGCUUCUCCAGGUAUCCUAGAUACUACUCCGAGUCGAGCGGGACGCUCUUCUGGUACCGGUGGAGAAGCUGUCGAUCUUGCGACAGCUCCUCUGCCCUAAGAAAACAAAUUUCAUCGGGCAAAGAAAUAUUUCAUUGAUUAAAUGAAUAAUUUACUUGACUCGAGUGAACUCGAAUAAAUUACCCGCAAAGUCUCCUCGGAGUGGUGACAAUUUAUUUCAGUUUAUUCGAGCGAGAUAAUUAUUCUUUGAAUUAACAAAAUGUUUAUUUCCUCAGUGUACGAAUUGUACUAUUUUUUUUUUUUAUAGUUGUAUAUUGUAUUUAUUUUAAGGACUGGCGAUUGGAUUUCAAAUUCAUGAGGGCGUAUUCUGACAUUAUGACGUUGCUUUUGACGUUCCUCUUUGUGGUCCUCUUUGUGGUCCUCUUCGAGGCAUGCCUUGGUCCCUUGGACGUCUUCAAGGUCCCUUGGGAUCGUUCUUUCGGCCAAGGUCCUCGGCAGCCCGGAAGAGGAAGAGGAAGAGACCGGUCUAUCUCGGCCCCUCCUCUGGCGAUCGGACCUCGAUACUCGAAAAUCGAUCCGGCGAGUGGCGAGAGGCGGGCCGCAGGUCCGAGGAGAGAGGGACACGCGUCGAGGAGUCCACUUUGACCCGGGACAUGUCCAGUGGUGUGCACGAGCCGAUCGCGAAGGAACCGUGCACACGAGGUCUCGUUAAAGAGUCGCGCCGUAUCGCCGUAACUGUCCUCGGAGACGUGUCGGAACGUCGCACCGCGACGUCGCCUCUUCCCGAAGAAGUGGCCGUCUUCACGAUAGGCGCCGAUACUGCGAGAAAAAAAAAGAAAUACAUAUAAAAAUAUAUAUUAAAAGUAAUACAAAAAAAAAUUGUAAACCGAGAAGCGUCAAGCGUCAGCGCCUCUUGCCGUUCGCCAGGAGAGAACCACGAAGAGCAAUCCUGAAGAAGGCGACGCCUUAGGAUAACGGAGGAGCCCGAUGAGCGACUCGUUUUCUCACCACGCUCGAAUGUCUCGUAGAUGCCGGGAUUAAUAUCAGUCGGGUGUUGGGUAACCGGAGCAAUAUACUAAUGUGUACGUCCGUCGAGACUUCCGUCAAGUGAAACUGGAAAUGCACCCGCGACGUCGUCGUCGCCUACUGUGAA